GAGCGCGCUGACGUGAGGCGUCGACCUUAUAAAGCGGGGCCGGGGCCCGACGUGAGGAGGAAGGGAAGCGUUGGCCGGAGGAGGAACUGAGGAGAAGUGCAGUGCAGUGUCCCCCCUCCCUCCCCUCAAGCGUUCAAGAUGGCAAGCCGGACUAUGCAAGCAGCGCGAUGUCCCACAGAUGAAUUGUCAUUGACCAACUGUGCUGUUGUGAAUGAAAAAGAUUUCCAGUCUGGCCAACAUGUGCUCGUCAAAACCAGUCCAAAUCACAAAUUUGUCUUCACGGCGAAAAGUCAUUCCACUGUGCCUCAAGGGAGGAUUGCCUUCAGCCUGCCACAGAGAAAAUGGGUGGGACUCUCCAUUGGUCAGGAAGUGGAAGUGAGCGCCUAUACCUUCGACAAAACAAAGCAGUGCAUUGGGACCAUGACGAUUGAGAUUGACUUCCUACAGAAGAAGAGUGUGGAUUCAAACCCAUACGACACUGACAAGAUGGCAGCGGAGUUCAUUCAGCAUUUCAAUAGCCAGGCUUUUUCAACUGGUCAGCAGCUUGUGUUUAGUUUUGUUGACAAGCUCUUUGGGUUAAUGGUGAAGGGCAUUGAAGCUAUGGACCCAAGCAUACUGAAAGGAGAGCAGGCUUCUGUCAUGCAACAGAAGAUCGAGCUAGGACUGGCUGUAGCCAAUUCCCAGGUUAUAUUUGAAAAGGCAGAUAGCUCAUCUCUGACUUUGAUCGGCAAAUCUAAAACCAAGCAGGGAAGACAAUCCAUCAUUAAUCCAGACUGGAACUUUGAGAAAAUGGGAAUUGGUGGCCUUGACAGGGAAUUUUCUGAUAUUUUUCGCCGUGCAUUCGCUUCAAGAGUUUUUCCAGUGGAUCUUGUGGAACAGAUGGGUUGCAAGCACGUGAAAGGUAUUCUGCUGUUUGGUCCACCAGGAUGUGGGAAAACCCUCAUGGCUCGACAGAUUGGAAAGAUGCUGAAUGCCCGUGAGCCCAAAGUUGUGAACGGGCCUGAAAUUCUCAAUAAAUAUGUGGGUGAAUCAGAAGCAAACAUUCGUAAGCUCUUUGCAGAUGCAGAGGAAGAGCAGAGGAGGCUUGCGGCAAACAGCGGUCUGCACAUCAUCAUAUUUGAUGAAAUAGAUGCCAUUUGCAAGCAGAGGGGGACCAUGGCAGGCAGCACGGGUGUACACGACACAGUCGUCAAUCAACUGCUUUCCAAGAUAGAUGGAGUGGAACAGCUCAAUAACAUCCUUGUUAUAGGUAUGACAAACCGACCAGACUUGAUUGAUGAUGCUCUUCUGCGACCUGGCCGAUUGGAAGUCAAAAUGGAGAUUGGUUUACCAGAUGAGAAAGGCAGAGUACAAAUUUUGAAUAUUCACACGGCAAGAAUGAAAGAGCACAACCUGUUAGAUAGUGACGUUAAUAUUCCUGAGCUAGCUCAAGAGACCAAGAAUUUCAGUGGUGCCGAGUUGGAGGGUCUAGUACGAGCUGCCCAGUCAACUGCAAUGAAUCGACAUAUAAAGGCGGCAAGCAAAGUGGAAGUUGACAUGGAGAAAGCUGAGAAGCUGAAAGUCACAAGAGGAGAUUUCUUGAAUUCAUUGGAGAAUGACAUAAAACCUGCUUUUGGCAUAAACCAGGAGGACUAUGACAGCUAUAUCAUGAAUGGGAUCUAUGUGUGGGGUGAUCCAGUCACACGAGCCCUGGAUGACGGAGAGUUGCUUGUCCAGCAAACCAAGAACAGUGACCGCACUCCACUAGUUAGCGUUCUUUUGGAAGGACCACCGAACAGUGGCAAGACUGCAUUGGCUGCAAAGAUUGCAGAGAAGUCUGGAUUCCCAUUCAUUAAAAUCUGCUCUCCUGAGAAGAUGAUUGGGUUCUCAGAAACGGCAAAAUGCCAGGCCAUAAAGAAGAUUUUUGAGGAUGCAUACAAGUCGCAACUGAGCUGUGUUGUGGUUGAUGACAUUGAGCGCCUGCUAGAUUACGUCCCUAUUGGCCCACGCUUCUCAAACCUAGUACUUCAAGCUCUGCUGGUCCUGUUGAAAAAGUCAUCUCCUCAUGGCCGCAAGUUGUUGAUCAUUGGGACUACCAGUCGUAAAGAUGUUCUCCAGGAGAUGGAGAUGGUGGAUGUUUUCAGCACUACUGUCCAUAUUCCGAACAUUAGCACAGGAGAACAGUUGAUGGAAGCUCUGGAGCUCCUUGGCAGAUUUGAUGAUCGGGAACGAGCUCGGAUCAUACAACAUGUGAAGGAUAAGCCGGUUUGGAUCGGCAUUAAAAAACUGAUGAUGAUCAUUGAAAUGUCGCUGCAGGUAAGUUUGAAAGUUGCCAUAGAACUGUAUGACAAACAUCAGCAGCCUUCCAUCCAGAAAAUAGAAGAGAUCACCAUACAUCAGGAACUAGAUGAGAGUUUAGAAACCGUUGCUGAAUUAAUUGGCAGAGGUUCAUCAAUACACAUGGAAGACGUGCACAUUGCAGACGGUUCACAAGCCCCUGCAACUGACGGGGAUGACUUUGGGAUGUGGGAGGAAUGGAAUAACUGGAGGGAACCCACACAAUCAUGGGAAGAAGAACAUGCAAAAUUCCACACAGAUAUUGUGCUGUUUGAAGAAGGAGAGAAGGAUAAACUAAGGUGCAAUGCAAUUCCUAGUUCGCAUGAAGCAUGUAAGAGUGCUCCUGGAUUUGGUGCGAGACCUGGUAUUCUUAUCAAUGAGUUACAGCCCAGGAUCCUGUGUCACAGGAACCAGGACACCCACCAGACAGUCUUUGGAAGAGUCUGGCAGGAGGUGGCUCCAGCUAUCCCCUCCAGCUGUGAGAAUGUUCACUCAUUUGAGCAAGAUUUAUGCCCUCAUGAUACAGCACAGCUGGAAGCAGUUCUACUGAGCAACUUCAGUGAAUGGAUCAGGGGUUCAGUCAUUGGGGUGAUAUGA